GUAAGGCUUCAGUGGAUCAGGUAACAUUUCAUUUCUGCCGAUCUAAAGGACAUUUUUAGUGUUUGGUGACGAAGACACACAAGAGGAUCAAGUGGGGAAACAAAGCACUGAAACCCUUCACCGUAUCAUGGACUCUCUUUAACAGCUCAGAAAUAUACAUCCUGCCUUCAGAGCUGAGAAUGGGUGGCUGGUGGUUGUGUUUGUGCACGCUGGCAAUUCUUGCAGCUCCGUGUAAAGCCACCGGAAAUUGCCUGGAUAGGACCUCAAUUAGUGUGAUCCUGCUGGAGGAUGGAAAGUCUCCCUGGAGCCUGAAGUAUGUGAAAGGAGAAAUACUGAAGGCCAUAGCAACAGAGAAAACCAUAAAUAAUGCAGAGGGUGAAAAGCCCACAAAGUACAAAAAGCUAAUACUUGGUUUUGUCUUUCUUUCCACACAAAACCCCAACAAAGAUGCGAACUUUAAUCUCACGGCCAACUUUGGCGGAUUCAACGCAUCUUUGUACAAAGGUGGAGGCUGCUUCAGCACUCUGUGUGGGGGUGUGGAGGAGCUGAAAAAGUUCCAAGAGAAAGAUGAGUUGGGAUGUGCUAUUCUUGGGCCCACCUGCGCCUAUGCUACUUUCAGCAUAGUUGAUGCUGAAAAAGGCAUGAAGCUCAGAACACCCAUCCUGUCAGCUGGCAGCUUUUCUCACUCCUGUGACGACAAACCCAACUUACAUCGCCUCCUGCCACCGGCACGGAAGAUCUCAUGGUUUUUAAUCAACUUUUUUAAAUACCAACAUACAAUUAAAUCUAAGUGGAAGGAAGUCUACAUUUACAAAACGCAGAAUCCUGCGGAGGACUGCUUUUGGUAUGCAGAGGCACAGACUACAGGCCUAAGCCAGAUUACCGAAACUAUUCAGAGGACAGUGCUGCGCAAUGCUCAAGAUCUAUACAACGUACUGAAAGAACCAGCAAAGAGAAAAAGCAAUUUGUUCUUCUUGUGUGGAUCACCAAAGGACUUAGUGGAGUUGAAAAACAUCUCUGCAGAAGCAGACAGCAGUGAUUUUCUCUUCAUCCUCGUUGAUCUUUUCAAUGAUGUAUACUACACCAACUCAUCAUCAAUACCAGAAAUGAAGAACGUGUUGGUGCUGACUAUGCCCGAUGAGAGACAUUACACCAUCAACACAAACCUUCAGGACAACAACACGAUGAAUGACUACAUGGCAGCCUACCAUGAUGCAGUGCUGCUCAUAGGCCAAGUGAUCAGAGAAAUCAGAGACCAAAAUCUGUCACAGAUUGCACAGAUGGACUAUCUGAAUUCAAACUACUUCAGAAACAUCCGCUUUAAUGGAAGUGCCGGGACUUAUAAGCUGGACAAGAACGGAGACAGAGACGUGGUUCUAUCCAUCAUUUACACCACCACUGACCUGAAGUACAGGAUCUUAUUCAAAUUUAACACAGAGAAAAAUGAAACGAUAGUCGAGGACUGGAAUCCGUCGUUCAUCUGGGGGAAAAGGCUUCCUGAGUCCAGUCCAGACAGUGGUCAAGACGUUUAUGACAUCAUUGUCAGUGUGUUGGGCGUCACAGUGGUUGUAGUGGCCAUCGUUGCACUCAUUUUCUACAGACAGAACAGGAGAGAUCGGCGGCUCAGGAAGGGCUGGUCCCACAUUAACCCUGAGCUCAUCACGCUGCUGCAGAACAACACACUCAACGUCAUCAAUCUUAAAAUUGAAAAUGAGAGGAAAAACAAGAAUUACAAGAUCCGCCGUGCAUUCUACGAUAAGAAGAUUGUAAUUCUGAAGGAGUUGAAGAACUCAGAUGGGGACUUCGAUGAAGACCAGAGGAUUGAACUCAAUGCGCUACUGCACAUCGACUAUUACAACCUCACAAAGUUUUAUGGCACAGUGAAGUUUGAUCAGGGUGUGUUCGGAGUGUUUGAGUAUGGAGAGCGUGGGUCGCUCAGGUAUGUGCUGAAUGACAAGGUUUCAUACCCAGACGAGGCCUUCAUGGACUGGGAGUUCAAGAUCUCUGUCAUGUACGACAUCGCCAAGGGCAUGUCCUACCUGCAUGCCAACGCCAUCCAGGUGCACGGUCGCCUCAAGUCCACCAACUGUGUGGUGGACAAUCGCAUGGUGGUGAAGAUCACAGACUUCGGCUGCAACGCGUACCUCAGCCCCGGCCAAGACUUAUGGACAGCUCCAGAGCAUCUGAGGAAAGAGGGCAUCUCUCAUAAAGGAGACGUAUACAGCUUCGCCAUCAUCUCACAGGAGAUUGUUCUCAGAAAGUGCACCUUCUUCACCGAGUCCUGCUCCGACCGAUCAGAAAAGCUGUCCAGGGUCAUCACAUCAUACCUCAGACCUGAUCUUAACUUUGAUACGACUUCAGAGAAGGAAUCAGAGGUGUACAUGUUGAUAAAAAACUGUUGGGAUGAGGACCCAGAAAAACGACCUGACUUUAAGAAGGUAGAAAACUGCCUGGGGAAAAUCAUCAGUAAAAUCCACAACCAGGACAAUGAGAGCUACAUGGACAACAUGAUCCGACGGCUGCAGAUGUACUCCAGAAACCUGGAGCAUCUGGUGGAGGAGAGAACAGCGCUGUACAAAGCUGAGAGGGAUCGAGCCGACCGCCUCAACUUUAUGCUGCUCCCUGGCCCGGUGGUGAAAAGUCUGAAGGAGACCGGUGUGGUGGAGCCAGAGUUGUAUGAUGAAGUGACCAUAUAUUUCAGCGACAUAGUCGGCUUCACCACUCUGUGCCACUACAGCACCCCGAUGGAGGUGGUGGACAUGCUCAAUGACAUCUACAAGGGCUUCGACAGCAUCGUCGACAACCACGAUGUCUACAAGGUGGAGACCAUAGGUGAUGCCUACAUGGUUGCCUCCGGCCUGCCCAGAAGAAAUGGGAACAGACAUGCGGUGGACAUCUGCCGCAUGGCGCUGAACAUCCUGGCCUUCAUGGGCACCUUCCAGCUCCGACACCUGCCUGGUAUCCCUGUGUGGAUACGUAUCGGCGUCCACUCAGGUCCCUGUGCAGCAGGUGUUGUUGGGAUAAAGAUGCCCAGAUAUUGUUUAUUUGGAGACACGGUCAACACAGCGUCUCGUGUGGAGUCUACAGGACACCCCCUGCGGAUCCACGUCAGUCAGCCGACUAUAAAUAUCCUGCAGAGGACAGACUGCAAGUUUGAGCAUGAGGUCAGAGGAGAAACAUAUCUGAAGGGUAAAGGCACUGAGACGACCUACUGGCUGACAGGUGAAACUGGUGAAGACUACAACCUCCCGACUCCACCCACAACAGAGAACUUCCAGCGGCUGCAGCAGGACCUCGCUCACAUGAUCCUGGAUUGUCUGGAGCGCCGCUCUCGAGGAUCUGUGCGGAGGAGAAAGCUGCUCUCGAGUCAGAGCACUGAGGACGACAAGGACCGGGAAUCAGAGGCGGAAUCUGAGAGCAGCCAGCUGGAGUAUCUGCACAUGGCCACGGUGGAAAACACACUCAGUACCUUCCUGUAGGACAAUCUGUUGUUGCACUGUGCAAUAAGAGCAGGAAAUCAAGCAGCAGGUGGAGGUACAGCAAAGACAAGGGAUGGACAAUGUGUUUUUAAAAAGUUCUUAAAGACCUCAAAUCUUCAUGUACAAAAUAAUUGUUGGGUUUAAGAGAAGGUAUGUUUGUCAUUAUCUGCUCUCAUUGUUGGUUUGUGGUGCAUAACAUGGAUCUGGUUUUAUUUUAGGAUACAUUUCUGAUAUGC